UGAAAUCUUCGUUUAUUCUUUUUCCAACGUUCUAAAAAGACGCUUCUUUGUUUUCAUCAAACAAUUCAAUUUAUAAAAUUUCAUUACUCCAACAAACACUUGUAAAAUAUAUAUAUAUUUUAUUUUAUUUUUUUGGGUUUUUUUUUGUGAAAAUACGCAAGUCCUUUGUAAAAAUGUUAUUGUCAGUGCAAAAUACACGCAGAGUAGCUGUCCCAAUGCUAUGGCGGCACAUGAACGACGGUAAACAGCGCGGACAACGACAACAACUAAAUCAGAAAUACCCAAUACGGACUCAAAUUGUGCAACAAUCAACAGCAGUGCAUGUCAAGCCGCCCAACGUUGACAACAAAUCAUAUGUGGACAUAUUAGAUGCUGAAUGGCAACAAGCGCUGCCAUACAAGGCCAUACCGGGUCUGACCAGAUUUCAGAUGUGGCGUGGCUUCAUGAAAGGCGGAGAUUUCGCAAACCUCUCGAUGAAUGAUCUACUCCUGAAGUGUCGAGAACGCUUCGGUGAUAUUUACCGCAUGCCUGGUAUUUUUGGUCAGCCACCAUCGAUUGUGCUGUUUAAUUUGACCGAUUUUGAGAAGGUCUAUCGUACGGAGGGCGUUUGGCCUGUACGUCCAGGUGGUGAAAUUAUUUUGCAUUAUCGGAGUUCUCGUAAAGAUGGUUUCUUCAAUGAAACGAUGGGACUUACGGCACAUGGGGAGGAUUGGGGCAAAUUUCGCCAUGCUGUUAAUCCCAUUCUAAUGCAACCGAAAAAUGCUAAACUUUAUAUGGAGCCCAUGCAGAAGGUGAAUUCGGAAUUUAUACAAAGAAUUCGUGAUAUACGCGAUCCAGUAACACUUGAAGUUCCCGACAAUUUCAUCUCUGAUAUCAAUCGACUCUCCUUCGAGUCCGUCGCCGUUGUUGCACUCGAUCACGAAUUCGGUUUGAUACGCAAGAAUCCCGACUCAAAGGAAGCCCGAUUGCUAUUCGACAGUCUGACCACAUUCCUGAACGCGUUAUACGAUUUUGGUGUGAAACCGUCACUAUAUAAAUAUAUCAAAACACCCAGCUAUAGACGCUUUGAAAAAUCUAUGGAUACAAUAUUUGAUAUAACAAAUCGAUAUGCAAAUGAGGCACUUGCGCGUUUAGAGCGCAACCCGGCUAAAGCGGGCCAAGAGCGCAGUGUUUUGGAGAAGCUGUUGAAAGUUGAUCGUAAAAUUGCUAUCAUAAUGGCUAUGGAUAUGCUAAUGGCUGGCGUAGAUACGACAUCUUCAGCACUCACCGCCAUACUCUUAUGCAUCGCUAAAAGCCGACAAAAGCAACAGAAAUUACGUGAAGAACUCUUGAAAGUGUUGCCGCACAAAGACGAACACUUCACCAUUGAAAAUAUGAAGAAUUUGCCAUAUCUACGCGCUUGCAUCAAGGAAGCUUUACGCAUUUAUCCACUUGCUUUUGGCAACAUGCGUGAGACGGGCGCCGAUUUGGCUUUGAGCGGUUAUCGUGUAGCCAAGGGUACACGUGUCUUUAUGACCUCUAACAUGCUCUUGAAUGAGGAGCGCUUUUUCCCUCGUGCUCAAGAGUUUAUACCUGAACGUUGGUUGCGCCAACAGGAUGAAGCUAUGACUGAGAGUGAACAAUUAAUGGCUGAUAAUUUGAAUAAAUUUAUUUAUUUGCCGUUCGGCUUUGGACCACGCAGUUGUGUGGGCAAGCGUAUUGUGGACUUGGAAAUGGAAAUAACAUUGAGCAAUGUGGUGCGUCAUUUCCAAAUCGAUUUCAAUUACUCAACGGAUAAUGCGUUUGCUAAUCAUUUCUUAAAUGUUCCACAAAUCCCCUUAAAAUUCAAAUUCACUGAUUUGAAUUAUUAAAUAUUAUAAGAAUUUUAUUUAAGAAAAAAUAAA